AUGUCGAACAUGAGAAUCGUUAUUCAAUGUUCAAUUUUUAUCUUUUUAUUCCAUUUUGCAUCAAGUAACAAAGAUGCUGUCACAUGUGGCUCAUCAUUUAAAUUGGUUAAUCAACAAUCUGGAGAUCGACUUCAUUCGCAUGAUGUUAAAUAUGGUUCCGGCAGUGGGCAACAAUCUGUUACUGGUACACCUAAUGCUGAUGAUGUGAAUAGUUAUUGGCAAGUUCGUGGUGAUAUAAGAAGUGAUUGUGAACGAGGAGCUCCGAUCAAAUGUGAUACUGUCAUACGUUUAUAUCAUGUUACUACUCAUCGAAAUUUACAUAGUCACAAUUAUCCUUCGCCAUUAUCAAACAAUCAAGAAGUAUCAGCUUAUGGCGAAGAGGGUGUUGGAGACGAAGGCGAUCGAUGGAAAGCUGUUUGCACCACUAAAAAUGAUUAUUGGUUAAGAAAAGAUCCUAUUCGAUUACAACAUGUUGUUACUGGAAAAUAUCUUCAUUUGAGUGGUGAUACAUAUGGUCGACCCAUUCAUGGUCAAAAAGAAAUCAGUUGUUAUGCAUAUGCCAAUAGUCAAAAUCUUUGGAAAGUUGAUGCCGGUGUUUAUGUACGACAAUCAUCGGAACCAUUGUCAUCAACACGUGAUGAGAACUACAACGCACAAUCAUCAAAAAAUGAUCAUUUCGAUGAUGAACUUUGA